AUGGCUACAGUCAGGAUCACACUGCUGCUUUGCAUUACUCUGUCUUUGUGCAUCCCGUCAGGGUCUUAUGGUGCAGUUUUGGUCUCAGGAGGCACCGCGCAACAGGGAAGUGGCGGCAGCACCAACAGACUCAUAAAGAAGCGAAGUGUGAGCAGCGAGAUGGAGGUGCACAGUGUGAAGAUAGACUGUAACGUGGCGUCUCGAUUCGCCCACACUGUCAUGACCUCCACAGCUCUGAACAAGGCCAACGUCUCACAGGAAGUGUUCUUCGAGGUGGAGUUGCCCAAGACGGCCUUCAUCACCAACUUCAGCAUGGAGAUUGAAGGUAAGACAUAUGUUGGAGAAGUUAAAGAAAAGGAGAAAGCCAAGAAACAGUACGAGAAGGCUGUGUCUUCUGGACAGACCGCCGGCCUGGUCAAGGCUUCCGGCAGAAAGAUGGAGAAGUUCUCUGUGUCCGUGAACAUCGCAGCCCACAGUGGUGUCACAUUCACUCUCACAUAUGAAGAGCUCCUUCAGCGUCGCUUUGGCAACUAUGAGAUCAUGAUCAGAGUCAAACCCAAACAGCUGGUCCAGGAGUUUCAGAUCGUAGCUGACAUACAUGAGCCACAAGGCAUCGCCUUUUUAGAUGCCUACGGCACAUUCAUCACCAAUGAACUACUUCCCCUAGUGGAGAAAACUGUCACUGAUAAAAAGGCCCAUGUGUCCUUCUCUCCAACUAUUGACCAGCAGAGAAAAUGCCCAGACUGUGAUGGUACCCUCAUAGAUGGAGAUUUCUUCAUCAAAUAUGAUGUGAAACGGACCCAAGGCAUCGGUGAUGUUCAGAUUGUAAAUGGAUACUUUGUCCAUUUCUUUGCCCCAUCUGAUUUGCCACAAGUGCCAAAGAAUGUGAUUUUCUGUAUAGACGUUAGUGGGUCCAUGUAUGGAAAAAAGAUUAUGCAGACCAAAGAAGCCUUGCUGUCCAUCCUGAAGGAUCUACCUGAAAAUGAUUACUUUGGCAUUGUGAUUUUUUCUAAUGACAUUAAUGUAUGGAGGCCAUAUCUGAGUCAAGCCACACCAGAGAACAUACAAUUAGCCCAGAAAUUUAUUAUGUCUCUACAAGCAGGUGGUGGUACUAAUCUUCAUGAUGGUGUAAUAAAAUCCAUAGAGAUGUUGUAUAAAGAAAUGAAGACCAACUCCCUGGCAGACAACAGUGUCCCUAUGAUCAUUCUAUUGACUGAUGGAGUCCCAAAUACAUGGCCUAGAGAUCUUCCUCAAAUCCAAGAGAGCAUUCGUGAUGCCAUUGGCGGAAACAUUACGCUGUUCUGCCUGGGCUUUGGCUAUGAUGUGGACUACCCUUUCCUUGAUGUAUUAGCCAAGCAGAACAAUGGCUUGGCUCGCAGGAUCUAUGAGGACUCAGAUGCAGUACUUCAGCUGCAGGGAUUCUAUGAUGAGGUGGCAAGCCCCCUUCUAUCAGAAGUGCACUUCAAUUAUCCGGACAACACGGUCAGUGCACUCACAGGCAGCUACUUCAAGCAGCUCUUUAACGGCUCUGAGAUCGUGGUCGCAGGUCGACUGAAUGAUAUCGCCAUGAAUGACUUUCCAAUCGAAGUGUCUGCUCUGGGGUUUCAAAAUGACUUUGUAGUGAAAGGUCAGGCCAGUACUCAGGAGAGAAAGACUACAUUCCCCGAUGAAGAGUACAUCUUUGGGGACUUCACUGAGCGUCUCUGGGCAUAUCUGACCAUCCAGCAACUCUUGGACAAGAAAGACAAGGGCUCAGCUGAAGAGAGAGUGAAUGCCACAGCUGAAGCCCUGGAGCUCUCACUGAAGUACAACUUUGUCACCCCACUCACCUCCAUGGUGGUCAUCAAGCCCCAGAAAGAAGAAAAGCCAGAGGAUGCUCUCAUUGCUGACAAGCUGACUGAGGUUGAUGGAGAUCCCCACUUCAUCAUCGAGUUACCAGAUCAAAACGAUGCACUGUGCUUUAACAUUGAUGAGAAACCAGGCACUAUCUUCAACCUGGUCAAAGAUCCACUAACAGGUAUUGUGGUAAAUGGCCAAACCAUUGGAGACAAGAAGGUGGACCCUGGAACCAGGGUGAACACCUACUUUGGGAGUUUUGGGAUCAUUCAUGAUAAGUUUGGUAUCAGACUGAUGGUUUCCACGCAGAAGAUCUUGGUGUCUGACCACGGCAAAGUGGCGAGACUCUUCUGGUCUGACAACACCUCUGUCAAAGGCCCCAACAUGGAUCUGCAGGUUACCAAAGAUCGCAGUCUAACUGUUAGCCUGAGGAACUCCGUGAAGUUUGUAAUCAUCCUGCACAAAGUGUGGAAGAAGCAUCCCUACCACCAGGACUACCUGGGUUUCUACACCCUGGACAGCCACUUCUUCUCACAAAGUGUCCAUGGUUUGAUUGGUAGGAUUGCCACAGAACCUUAA